AUGGGUGCCCUUCCCGAGACAGAUACCACCUCCUCCGAAGACUCUCGCCCAGCCAAAGACUUAUCCCGACACAUAUCCUGGAUCCAGUCUCUUCUCUUCCAUACGCUCUCCGAUGAUGUCUACAACCAGACCUACCCCGGUAACGGCACGAACGACGAUCCCUACCUGGUUGACUACCUGCACAACGACUGCCAAGACGCCAUGAACUUUACAAACAGACGAAAAUGGGUCACCACAGUUUUCCAAUCCCUAUCUACGUUUGCGAUUACAUUUGCCAGCUCAGUGUACGCCAGUGGCAUCCAAGGCGUCAUGCAGCGCUUCGAAGUGUCUGAGGAGGUGGCCACGCUGGGGCUGUCGCUCUUCGUGCUGGGCUUCGCUCUGGGGCCGCUGAUCUGGGCGCCUCUGUCCGAGGUAUAUGGACGCAAGUCCAUAUUCGUGAUUUCGUUCGCGGCAUACACGGCGUUCAGCGUGGCGGCGGCAUGCGCGCCCAACAUCGCGGCCUUGCUGGUCCUCCGCUUCCUUGCGAGCGCGUCUGGUUCGUCCGCGAUGACCAAUGCCGGGGCAGUCAUCGCCGAUAUGUUUAGCAAGGCGGAGCGUGGAAUGGCCAUGGGGUUGUUUGCCACGGCUCCCUUCUUGGGGCCUGCAUUUGGACCCAUUGCUGGUGGUUUUCUCGCCGAAACCCAAGACUGGCGCUGGAUCCUCGCCCUGGUAGCUAUACUGAGCGCUGUCAUCUGGAUUGCCACGAUGCUCGUCAGUCGUGAAACAUACGCGCCGUUCAUCCUUCGACAUCGAUCCAGGGCCCUCUCCCAAAUGACGGGAAGUGUAUAUGUGUAUCAUCUAGAUGCGGGAAAGCCGCCCAGGACGGUGGCACAUGAGCUGUCCAAGUCUCUCACGCGGCCGUGGGUGAUGCUGUUCCGCGAGCCAAUCGUCCUGCUGACGGCACUGUACAUCUCCGUCAUCUAUGGCACACUCUACAUGUUCUUUGCCGGGUUUCCCAUCAUUUUCCAAGUUACUCGGGGCUGGAGUCAGGGCAUCGCCGGCCUUCCGUUCUUGGGCGUCGCUAUCGGUGUCUGCUUUGCCACACUCAUAGGCGGCGUGGACAGCAAGCGUUAUGGACGUCUGUGCGAGGCGGCCGAAAAGGAGGGUUCGGCAGUCGAGCCAGAGGCCAGGCUGUAUCCGGCCAUGGCAGGCUCAGUUGUCCUUCCGAUUGGUUUGUUCCUAUUUGCGUGGACGACGUAUCCGUCGGUGCAUUGGAUCGUGCCCAUCAUCGGCGCCAUGUUCUUCGCUUGUGGACUUGUCAUGGUCUUCAUCUCGCUUAUAAGCUAUCUGAUGGACUCUUAUGUCCUCUAUGCUGCUUCCGUGAUGGCAGCCAACUCGGGGAUACGGUCCUUGAUUGGCGCCGCGUUCCCGCUGUUUACCGCUCGGAUGUACGAGAAUCUCGGAAAUCAGUGGGCGAGCUCCAUUCCUGCCUUCCUGGUGCUUGCGUGUCUACCUUUCCCAUUUCUGUUCUACAAGUACGGUUCACGGAUAAGGUCUAAGUGUAAGUAUGCUUCCGAAGCAGCCAAAGUAGCACAGAUGAUGCGUCGUCCGCAACCCACCGUGGUCUGA